UCAAUAUUAUUUCAUAGUUGUUACCUGCACCUGCAAAUGAAUGUCGUGAAUGUUUGAUUUCCAUAAUUAAUAAAUUGUGUUAGAUUAAAACAACAAACCAAACAACUCUUUACUUUUCUAUUCAUUGAAAAUUUCAAGAGGCAGAAAAUAACCUCUAAUAAUGCAUAAUGGUGAAUGCUAUGAAAGGAGUUCUUGUCGAAUGUGAUCCAGCAAUGAAGCAGUUCCUUCUUCACUUGGAUGAAACUCUUGCACUUGGUAGAAAGUUUAUUCUUCAAGAUCUAGACGAAACUCAUCUGUUCAUAUCAUCAGAUAUAAUUGAUACAUUACAAGCUCGUGUGGAUGAUUUAAUGGACCAACUUAGUUUUCCAAUACAUGACAAAGGACUAUAAAAUAUCAAAAUGACGUCGAGAGAAUCUGGUAGAGUCAAAGAUGCGGAGAAGAGAAGAGUGUUAGACGAUGCGGCGAGGAAGCGGAGAGCUAGGAAAGCUAUUGAGGCACUUGAACAGGAUAAUUUUCAUGAAGAUCCACAUGCAGAUCUGGUUAUGUCGAAAAAGGUGCCGAAGUUUGCAGACUCUAAUGAAAAACCGACAAGAAAGAAAAAAGCCAAGAGUGCUGAGUAUUAUAAAAU